CAGGUGGCAGGUAGCAACCAAAAUAGGUGAGGAAGCUGUCAUCCCAACUGUUGGGCUGAAACUCACCGUUGGAACGACUUUUGUCUAACGACAGAAUGGCUGGUGCAAUGGAGAAAUUCCAUCGAAACCGGUCAGUGGCGUUACUGGUGGAGUUACUGUUCUACCUCCGGUCAAACCAGACAGCGGGCCGCAAGCUUUCCCCAAUGACGUGAAGUCAAACCUCCCGGUGUUCACAAUGAACUACGCUCGAGUACAGCUACCGUUUGAGAUCACGUUGUGGGUGCUCCUAGCUUCAUUCGCCAAGAUUGCUUUCCAUGUGUACCAUAAGAUCACCGUGUGGAUCCCAGAGUCGUGCCUCCUAAUCAGCAUUGGUCUGAUUGUGGGCGCCAUCAUGCACUCGGUCCAGGAGGUUCCUCCUGCCGUGCUCAGCUCGGACGUCUUCUUCCUCUUCAUGCUGCCCCCCAUCGUGCUGGACUCUGGCUACUUCAUGCCCACCAGGCCCUUCUUCGAGAACGUUGGCACGGUUCUGUGGUUCGCCGUGGUGGGGACCCUGUGGAACAGCAUCGGGAUCGGCAUGUCUCUGUUUGCCGUGUGUCAGAUCGAGGCGUUCGGCGUCCAGGACAUCAACCUGCAGGAGAACCUGCUGUUCGCCUCCAUCAUCUCCGCCGUGGACCCCGUGGCAGUGCUCAGUGUGUACGAGGACAUCUCCGUCAACGAACAGCUCUACAUCGUGGUGUUCGGGGAGUGUCUGUUCAACGAUGCCGUCACUGUUGUGCUGUACAACAUGUUCAACUUUGUAGCGGAUAUGCCGGUGGUGGAGCCGGUGGACGUGUUCCUGGGCGUGGCGCGGUUCUUCGUGGUGGGUCUGGGGGGCCUGGGCUUCGGCGUGCUGUUUGGCUUCGUGGCGGCCUUCACCACGCGCUUCACCGGCAACGUCAGGGAGAUCGAGCCCCUCUUCAUCUUCAUGUACAGCUACCUGGCCUACCUGGUGGCUGAGCUGUUCUCCAUCUCCAGCAUCAUGGCUAUCGUGACCUGUGCCCUCACCAUGAAGUACUACGUGGAGGAGAACGUCUCCCAGCGCUCCACCACCACCAUCCGCACCGUGGUCAAGCUGCUGGGCACCAUCUCUGAGACGCUCAUCUUCUUCUUCCUGGGAGUGGUCACCAUCACCACGGAGCACGAGUGGAACUGGGGCUACAUCCUGUUCACCCUGCUGUUCGCCAUGCUGUGGAGGGGCCUGGGUGUCCUGGUGCUGACCCAGAUCAUUAACCCCUUCCGCACCAUCCCCUUCAACUUCAAGGACCAGUUUGGCCUGGCCUACGGAGGCCUGAGGGGGGCCAUCUCCUUCGCCCUGGUCUUCACCCUGCCGGAAACCAUCGGGCGCCGGCAGCUCUUCAUCACCGCCACCAUCGCAGUCAUCCUUUUCACCGUCUUCAUCCAGGGUAUGAGCAUACGGCCUCUGAUCGAGCUCCUCAACGUCCGCAGAACCAACCGGAACCUGGACACCAUCAACGUAGAGGUCCACGCCAGACUCAUGGAGCACACCAUCGCUGGCAUCGAGGACCUCUGUGGCCAGUGGGGACACUUCUACUGGAAGGAUAAGUUCAUGAAGUUCAACAACAUGGUUCUGAGGAAGAUCCUGAUCAGAGACGACAGGGCUGAGUCCAGCAUCGUGGCGCUGUACAAGAAGCUGGAGCUGCAGAACGCCAUGGAGAUCCUGGACUCUGUGUCAGAAGCCAACGAAGACUGUGAAAAUAAGACCUUCCUCAAAUCCAAGCAGAAGUUCCUGGCCAGUGACCUGAGGAGCAUGCACGACAUCCUGUCCAAAAACAUGUACAACAUCCGCCAGAGGACGAUGGCGUACACCAACAAGCACACGCUGCCCAAUGACGACAGGACCAAGGAGAUCCUGAUCAGGCGACACGCCAGCAUCAGACGCAGCCUGCGGCCCGGAAGCUUCCGGGACCAGGACCAGAGUAUACCCAAGUCUCAGAAGUACUUCUCUCUGCCUGCUGGGAAGAAUCUGGACUCCCAAUUCCCUCGUAAGAGGAUGAGUCAUACAAGUGAUGAAGACACCAAGUCGGAGGUGGACCCUCCAGCCCGCUCCAGGCGGGCCCAGCCGAGACCGACCCGGGUCAUGAUGCCUCUCCGCAGGCUGGACACCCUGAUGGAGAGGCCCUCUCUGGACGUGGUGGACGAGAGGGGGGCGCGGGGGCGGAUCGCUUCGUCCUCCUCAGACUCCUGCGUCCCCGCCCCUCAGCUCCGCUUCGACCCUUCCCUGGAUCUCCCCGGCAACGGUGCCCAUGGUAGCGACAUUGAGUUUGAUCCUCAGGGGGAGGGGGAGGAGCCUCAGGCCACGCCCCCCUCUUGGGCCGCUGAGCCUCUUGACAGGUCAGGCGGAACGCGGAACCCCCUGCUGAAGAGACCCCAGUGGAACCCUCGGAAGAACCCCUGAGAACCCUGUUUGAACUUGGAGAGCUCUCGUAGCAGCAGGUCUGCUCCGGCCGGACCCUCCGCUCAGCCCAGGGUUCUAGAACCUCCGAACUGUGGAACACCUGUCUACUGGCUUGUACUGGGUAUACAUACAUCAAGUUUCUUCGUUUUAUUUUUCUUCAUGUCCAAUGUGGUCAGGGAGUUGGAAGUAUGUGUGUGCCUAUGAUAUGUCGGGAUUGACAGAGUUGUGAAGAGGGGGGGAUAUAGCUCAGAGGUUAGUACCAUAUAGAUAUAAUGGUGCAGGCUUUGACAGUUUGCAUUUAGUUAGCAUUUUGCAGGUUAUUGUUUUCUAUAGUGAAAAAUUAUGUUGGCAAAGGACAAUAUGGAUUAUUUUAUUAUCUCCCACAGGAGGACUCAGUCCAACAGAAGUGUUUUAUUCUAUUCAGUGGUAUUAGAACAACCCCAACUCUUAGCUGGAAAUAAAAAACCUUAAAUAUGUAGGUAACAAAUAAUACAAUUUGUAUAUGCCCAUUUCUUUUUAAAGUAAUAAAUGAAUGAAACUAAAUCUGGUAAUUGUGUGUGUGUAUAUAU